AUGACUGUCCGCCAGGGCCCUGCGCGACUUGCGCAGAGGCUUCCUGAGCUGUCAAAGACUGCUUUCCGCAACACCGCAUCCGCCCGAAGCUUCCACGUCCAGUCCAAGCCCACAGCCAACUUCUUCACAUCGCGCGUCACAUCCGCAGCCACCCGCAAUGCUUUCCAACGAACAGGCCGCGCUGGUGGUCGAUCAUAUAACCAACAGGCUGCGGGAGCUGCUACAGCGCCUCAGUCGACCAGCCGACGACUCUUGGUUGGAGGUGCCAUCUUUGGUGGUACACUUGUUGCCAUCAAUGCUGUCUUCAACCGGGAGACCCGUGAGGAUGGUGGCAUGCCCGUUUACGAGCGCGAAUACUUGAACAACACUUUCUUGCACACUGGACUCGGAAUUGGUAUCAUUGGAUUGACGGCUCGACAAAUGGUUCAGACCGGCUUCGUCUACCGAAUCAUGGUUACUAACCCUUGGGUUGUUGGAAUCGGUGGUCUCGCUCUCAGCUUCGCCACCAUGAUUGGAACUCGAUCUAUCAGCCCGGACAACUACAUCCCCAAGUACGCCCUCUGGACCGCUUUCAACGCCACCCAGGCUGCAUUUGUGGCUCCUCUACUCGCCUUCGUUCCUCCUGCUCUCCUUGGACGUGCCGGUCUCUACACCAUCGCCAUGAUGGGUGGUCUUGCCGUUGUCGGUGCCACUGCUAAGCAGGAGAAGUACCUCUACAUUGGUGGUCCUCUCCUGGCUGGUGCCGCCAUUGUCGCUGCUUCUGGUCUCGCCCCUCUCGUCAUCCCCGCCACCGCCAUCCGAACCCUUGCCUUCACUGAGAGUAUCUGGUUGUACGGUGGUCUUGCUGUCUUUGGUGGAUUCACUCUGUACGAUGUCCAAAAGGUCCUCCACCAUGCUCGUCUCGCCCAGGCUGGUGUCAUCCGCCGUGACCCCGUCAACGAGAGUAUCUCUCUUGAGCUCGACUUCCUCAACAUCUUCAUUCGCAUGGUUCAGAUCCUGAUGAUGCAGCAGAACCGACGCAAGUAA